AUGAUCCCUAAUAGGGCAUACUGUUAUUUGGCUUGCAUGAGUAAUAUAAUAUAGACAUAUAUGUGAAAUAGAUAUAGCGAUACACCCGUGUGUACAGUACAGUCAAGGAAGAUACACUCCUAUCUACUUUGAUAUAGGUGUACUGCAAGUUUCUACAUAUUUUCGUUCUUGCUCACUUCUAAUUUAUUAGUGGUUUCACGAAUAAUUAUUCGCUCAACCAUGUUGUUCAUUGAUUUCACUACUGUUUAAUUAGGAUAAUGAAAAAAAAACGGCAUAAGCUGCACAUAUAAGGCACACUAAAGUGAAACCACGGCUGUACAUGCAAAAUCUAGUCUGAAGCUAGGAAAUCAAUUAAGAUGGCUCACAACUUGACACCAAGCGUCAACUGCUCAUUAGAUGACAUAGACUUGAAUGCCCUCAAAGAUCCUGCUGGCAUUUUUGAAUUGAUUGAAGUAGUUGGAAAUGGAACGUAUGGGCAAGUCUACAAGGGCAGACAUACAAAAACUGGUCAGUUGGCUGCGAUCAAAGUUAUGGAUGUGACUGAAGAUGAAGAGGAAGAAAUAAAGUUAGAAAUCAAUGUAUUGAAAAGAUACUCUAAUCAUAGAAACAUAGCAACAUAUUAUGGAGCAUUUAUAAAGAAGUCACCACCUGGGAAAGACGACCAAUUGUGGUUGGUAAUGGAGUAUUGUGGUGCUGGAUCUGUAACUGAUCUUGUAAAAUCUACGAAAGGCCAAAGUUUGAAAGAAGAGUGGAUAGCUUACAUAUCAAGGGAAAUUCUUAGAGGUCUUAGCUAUCUUCAUAGUAAUAAGGUGAUUCAUCGUGAUAUAAAAGGGCAAAAUGUUUUGUUAACUGAUAAUGCAGAGGUGAAAUUAGUUGAUUUCGGAGUUAGUGCUCAACUCGACAGAACAAUUGGUCGUAGAAAUACAUUCAUAGGAACACCGUACUGGAUGGCUCCAGAAGUUAUUGCUUGUGACGAAAAUCCUGAAGCAACCUACGACAAUAGAAGCGACUUAUGGUCUCUCGGAAUAACCGCAUUGGAGAUGGCAGAGUCGCAACCGCCUCUUUGCGAUUUGCACCCAAUGAGAGCACUGUUUUUGAUUCCUCGCAACCCUCCUCCGCGGCUCAAGUCAAAAAAGUAUGCUAAAAAGUUUCACGGAUUUAUCGAGACCGUACUAGUUAAAGAUUAUCACCAGAGGCCAUACACUGAACAACUGCUCAAGCACCCAUUUAUUCGUGACCAGCCCACAGAGAGGCAAGUGAGGAUCCAACUGAAGGACCAUAUCGACAGAUGCAAGAAACGGAAACAAGAGAAAGAACGGGAUGACUAUCGGUACAGUGGUAGCGAGAAUGAGGACGACGAACCGGCCGUCGCGGGAGAGCCAUCGUCUAUCAUACAAGCGCCCGGUGGCGACACGCUCCGACGUAACUUUCAGCAGAUUCAGGAGGGCAGGACACUGUCUCAGGAGGUGUCGCCGCACAAUGCCGCUGCCGCCAAGGAGAACAAGCAGCCGAUACCCAGCCGCGCGACCAAGGAGAGCGAGAGUCAGCAGCACAAUCGACCCUCGGUGCCGCACAGACUGAUCGUGGUGCCGGAUCCGCACCCACCUUCCCGACCACUACCUCCCACGCCCAAGGAUGACCCACGACAGUCGCACAAAGUCCCAACUCCACCAUCUAAUCACCAGGCGAGCAGUGGGGGAGGCGGAGGUGGCGGCGGCGGCGGCGGCUCCGUGAGCGUGGCUGUCUCGCAGAGGAACAGCCACGUGUUCAAGCCUAUGGCGCUGAUGAUCGAAAGCGACAGCGACGACGACAUGGAGGACGUGAGCGGCACGAGCAAUCGGAACGACGGUACGCUGCUGGCGAGUGAUCCGCCCAAGCCGUUGCCUCAGCUGGAUGAGUCGUCUUCUUCGUCAUCGCGCGGCCACGGCAACUCGCAGCACGAAGCCGGCGCGCCAAACCGGCCGCUGCCGCCGACGCCCGACGAGGAGGAGAGCAGCGAACACACCCUGGUGAUGAAACGCAACCGGGAGGAACGGUCCGGUCGGGUGGCCGGUGGCACAGCCAGCAGCGACUUCCAGCGGCUGGACAGCCCGGGCUCCAGGACGAGUUCGGUGCUCCCCGACCUACUGACCUCGUCGCCGGGUCAGCGCCAGGAUAAAUCUAUUAGCGACGAGUACCGGCAGGCGGUGAAGUCGCCACCACUAGCGCUGCAGCAGAAACAGCGCUCGUUCCUGACUUUCGGCUUCGGCGCCGGGCCGGCCAGGCGGGAAUCGCACGUGAACGUGAACGUGACGCCUACCAGUCACGACUUGAGCAGCGACACCCCAGAGAUCCGCAAGUACAAGAAGCGCUUCAACAGUGAGAUUCUAUGUGCAGCCCUAUGGGGCGUUAACCUAUUGAUCGGUACGGAGAACGGCUUGAUGCUGCUCGAUCGCAGCGGCCAGGGCAAAGUAUACCAGCUGAUCAGUCGGCGACGCUUCCAGCAGAUGGAGGUGCUGGAGGGCCAGAAUAUCUUGGUGACGAUCAGCGGCAAGAAGAACCGGGUGCGUGUUUACUACCUGUCCUGGCUCAAGAGCAAGAUCCUGCGCACCGACGGCCAUAGCGAACAGGUAGAACGGCGCAAUGGUUGGAUCAACGUGGGCGAUCUGCAGGGCGCUGUUCACUUCAAGAUCGUCAAGUACGAGCGCAUCAAGUUUCUAGUGAUCGCUCUUAAGGAGUCCAUCGAGAUAUACGCCUGGGCGCCCAAGCCCUACCACAAGUUCAUGGCAUUCAAGUCGUUUGGCGAGUUAGCCCACCGGCCGCUUCUGGUUGAUCUCACGGUCGAAGAAGGCUCCCGUCUCAAGGUCAUCUACGGAAGCACCGACGGAUUCCACGCCGUCGAUCUUGACUCCGCCACUGUCUAUGACAUCUAUCUGCCCAAGCACACCCAGGGUCCCAUCUGCCCGCACUGCAUCGUCACGCUGCCCAACAGCAACGGCAUGCAGUUGCUGCUCUGCUACGACAACGAGGGCGUCUACGUUAAUACGUACGGACGCGUCUCCAAGACUAUGGUGCUCCAAUGGGGAGAGAUGCCUACGAGCGUUGCCUACAUCGGCAUUGGACAGAUCAUGGGCUGGGGCAACAAGGCCAUCGAGAUACGCAGUGUUGAGAGCGGCCACCUCGAUGGAGUCUUCAUGCACAAAAAAGCACAACGUCUCAAAUUCCUUUGCGAGCGCAACGAUAAGGUCUUCUUCUCCUCGGCCAAGGGCGGCAGCUCCUGUCAGAUCUAUUUUAUGACCCUAAAUAAACCCGGAAUGGCAAACUGGUGAUCAAAUCUAAUCAGCCAAAUUUUUAUCAUAAUUAUAUGUAGAUUCGUUAGCCUUUGCCAACAACGAUUUGUAACAAAGGUUUCGACUUACUUCAGCAGAUACGUCGUGCAUCCGUCACAAUGUUUCGUGCUGUGGGACAGAUCAGUCAAAUAUUAUAUGCCCACUUUUAUCGCCCCCAAAUGCUCUUUACCUAACUUUUUAUUCUGAUACAUUUAUUGCCAUGUUUUACUGCAAUCCCAGUCAAAUAAUUGUCUACCUAAAAGCACGGUUCCACGUUGACAAAAAGUAUUUUCGACAUAAACUCUAAUAGCACAAUUUCUCUACCGAACAAGACCAAUAUAAUGACUUUUUAUCCAACGUAGACACAGUUAAGGAAAUUUAAAUCAUUGUCAUCACAUUGAAUCGACAAAAUUACUCGUCCCCUAAACAUUAAGAAAAGAAGCAAAAUGGAGUAUAUUGUCUUGCUAAAAAUACUUUAAGAUAUACGAUAUUUUUUUCAUUAAACUCUUUUUUUUUACAAUGCGUCGCAGCGUUUAAGCUUUUUCUAUUCUGUUUUAUGUUACGUUUAGUUAUACAACAAUUAUAAUUAUUUGCGUCAUUUGUGAAUGUUGAUGCUAUUUUCUAGUUUUAUAUAUUGCAAUUUAAUGGAAGAUAAAUGUCGUGCAAAAGCAAUAGCUCAGAGAUUCAAUCGAGAAUGUUUUUCCAACACUCAGUGUCAAUGACAAUACAAUUAUUUAUUAGUCUAAUUUAUGUAUUAUGUAAAAAAAGUAGUGUAAAAAACUUUAAUUUAAAGAAAAUCUAGAAUGACAUUUUUGUAAACAGAAUAGAAUGUGAUUAAAAAUUGUGCGAUUCUUGAAAAAUAAAGAAAUUAAGAUUCAUAACUUUCACUAGGAAAAUCUUAUGCAAAUAGUGUUCACGGUUUACGUGAUAUUUGUUAUUUAUAAUCCGACUGCCAGCAGUAAGAUCGUAGUUUUUCAUCAAGUAUUGUCGAAAAUUAGUGUCAAGCAAGCACGAAUGUAUAAAAAUUCAAUAUUAACGUUUAGUUAAUCAUAUGAUCAAAAAAGAUCUAUUCUAAAAACAACAAAGACAAAAGAUUAGGAAUGUAAGCACUUUAAGUUAAUGAAACCACGUAUGGUCGUAAGUUUAAGUAUAUUAAAUUACAUGAAUAUUAUUUCUAUUUACAAUAUAUGUUGCAAUUCUAAUGAUAAAUAUUGCAAUCUAGUUUUUAUUUUGCGAAAUUAAUUGUAAUUUUAGUAUUAUUUGAUGGAUCUAAAAUUUUAUAACUUUUUUUAAUAUUGAAUAUGAAACAGUUUUUAUAAAUCUUUGUAUAAAUCAAACUUUUGUAAACUUGUAAUUUUAAGCAUAUCCUAAGCGAUAUUUUGUUGUAAUAAUUUUAAGAACUUUAUAAAAUAACCUUUAUACACUAUACUAUAAAAACCUUAUUAAACAUUUUUCAUAUUAUUUUAUAAAAGCAAAAUUUUCACAAAAAGUAUGUAAUUUUAGAUACACGAUUUUCUAAACAGAACAUUUUAUAUCUUCGAAAAGCAAGUGCGUAUAAUCUCCAUUGUAGACCUUCAUCACGGUACAUAACAUUAAGAAUAAGCUCAUAUAACUCAAUAUAAACUGAUUUCUAUAAACUUUUAUAAUGACAGCUUUAAAUACAGUACAUUUUUAAUGUAAAAUACUUGUUAAAAGUUAAAAAUGUAAAUGUUAGUGACAGACGAUAGAGCAUUAGGCAGGCAUUUUGCGUCAGAUUCUUUUCUAGAUUUAUAAUUGAUAAUCAAUCCAUGGUAAGGGAUGUGACAAACACUAAAACACCUGGCCGUAAAAGUAUAAUCAAAUUCAUCAACUGUUAUUGUAUCGUUAACUUGAGUUGAAAAGUCAAAUAUUCGAGCCAGUUCGUAAUAAUUAAUCGUGCUCUUAGAUCAGUUCAUGAUGCUUAGCUUUAGAAACGUGCUUGAUAGAAUUAUUAUUGUAGGAAGCAAUUCAAAUUUAGCAGGGACUUUUACAUAAAAUCAAAUUGUUUUCAAAUCAAUCGUCAGUUUAUUUCUGCAAUGGAUACGGUAUAUUUUGUACAAGUUAUUAAGAUUCGUAUCAAAUUAUUAAUGCUCUCUAUCGGUUCGAUUAUUGAUUUCUUCACAGACUGACAACUAAAAAGUUAGUCAGUACAUGGGGUAUAUUAUAUAUUUCAGUCUAAGCGAAAUGCAUUUCUUACAACACGACGCGACACGUUCACCAUUAUAUUAUAUACUUUCAAUAGCAUCUAUGUAAUCGUCUGUGCAUUUUUAUUUUGUUUCGUAAUAUUUGUUUUGUCUAGAUUCGCAAGAAAAAAACAAAAACAAUUAUACGAAUUUUUGUUCUAAUAAAUCAUAUGUACGUGUUAAAUUCAUUGA